AGUACAGCUGCUAUCUUUGAGAUGGCGUAUGUAGGUGCGGCAGGGACCAGUAGUGCAGGAGAGGAUGGAUGGCAGCAGCGAAGGAUUCAGGAAGAUACGAGAGACGGCCUCAAUGUUUGUACGACAGAGCCAUCGAAGGUUGACGUUGAUGAAGAAGAACUACUGGAAGAACUAAUCAAAGUUUCUCUAUGA